AUGAUUCAGGUCCUGAACCGCUGCAUGAAUGGGGGCGAAUAUGACCAGGACAAGCUAAGCUGUCAAUGCUAUGGUGGUUAUGUCGGCCAGUUCUGUGAAAGAAUCAUGCAGGAUGGCCUCUACACAAUGACAUACGAAAGAUCAUGGGGAUCCACAUUUCCUGAAAAACAUGGAGGUGAUUGUUUAGCCGAAUUAAAGGGUCAGCCUUUCUCUACCUUCGAUCGUGACAACGAUGACAGCCCCCUGAACUGUGCUCAAGAACACCAGUCUGGAUUCUGGUUCAAGAACUGCACCCCCUGUAAUCCCAAUGGUGUUUGGUCAGAGACUCCGGACAAGAUGAGAGCUGGAGUACCUUGGGAGAUGUUCUGGACACCUGUAACAGGAGACUACCUGAUACUGUCUUGCUUUGCCUUUUGA